AUGCCCCUAUCCACAUCUUCACGAGUCGUCAUCAUAGGCGCAGGAAUAGUGGGCACCAACCUAGCAGACGAGCUCGUCUCCCGAGGAUGGAAGGACAUCACCGUCGUCGAGCAGGGACCCCUGGACAUGCCGGGAGGUUCGACCUCGCACGCCCCAGGGCUGGUGUUCCAGACCAACCCGUCCAGGACCAUGACACGGUUCGCCCAGUACACAGUGCAGAAACUCAAGUCCAUCAAGGGCCCCGAUGGGCAGGGCUGCUUUAACCCCGUGGGCGGGAUGGAGGUGGCGACGACGCCGGAGCGCGUCGAGGAGCUCAAGCGCAAGGCCGGCUUCGCGGCGUCGUGGGGGGUCGAGGCCAGCAUUCUCACACCCAAGGAGGUCGUGGCACUGUACCCCCUCAUAGACGAGGGCGAGGUGCUCUCGGGCCUGCACAUACCGUCCGACGGGCUCGCGCUGGCGGCGCGGGCGGUGCAGCUGCUCAUCGAGCGCACGCGCGCCGCCGGGGUGCGCUACCUCGGGUCCACCACGGUGACGGGCAUCGACAAGGCCGGUGGGCGGGCAACGGGCGUCGUCACGCGCGAGGCGGGCGUCAUCCCCGCCGACGUCGUCGUGUCGUGCGCCGGCUUCUGGGGCGUCGAGGUCGGCGCCAUGGCCGACACACACAUCCCCCUCGUGCCCAUGGAGCACCACUACGCCAAGACCACCAGCGUGCCCUCGCAGCAGGGCAAGAACGAACUCCCCAACGGCGCCGGCCUGCCUAUCCUGCGCCACCAGGACCAUGACCUGUACUACCGCGAGCACGGCGACCGCUACGGCAUAGGCUACUACGGUCACGAGCCGCACCCCGUCGUCGCCGCCUCGCUGGGCGACACGCCGCGCUCCGUCACCGAGCACAACAUGCCGUCGCGCAGGCCCUUCACGGCCGAUGAGUUCGCGCCCGCCUGGGACCUGAGCCGGAAGCUCCUCCCAGCCCUGCGCGACACUGAGAUAGCAGAGGGCUUCAACGGCAUCCUGUCCUUCACGCCCGAUGGCGGGCCCCUGGUUGGCGAGUCGCCCAACCUGCAGGGCUUCUACGUCGCCGAAGCCGUGUGGGUCACGCACUCGGCCGGCGUGGCCCGCGCCUUGGCACAGAUCCUCACCGACGGCCGCUCGGCCCUCGACCUCGCCGGCUGCGACCUCACCCGCUUCGACCCCGUCCAUCUGACGCCCGAGUACGUGCUCGAGACGUCGUCCCAGGACUUCGUCGAGGUCUAUGACAUAGUGCACCCCAUGCAGCCGCGCCGAUCGCCGCGCAACCUGCGUGUCAGCCCCUUCCACGCCCGCCAGGCUGCCCUGGGAGCCUACUUCCUCGAGUCGCCUGGCCAGCGGUGGGAGCGGCCGCAGUGGUACGAGGCCAACGGUGCCCUCCUGCCCGAAGUCCCGGCCCACUGGUCCCCCGUCGACAGGCAGGACGCCUGGUCCGCGCGUUUCACGUCCCCCAUCUCCGCCGUCGAGGCGUGGAGGACGCGCACCGCCGCCGCCCUGUACGACGUCACGUCCAUCUGCCGCGUCGACGUGUCCGGCCCGGGGGCCCUGCCCCUGCUUCAGCGCCUGACCACGACCGACUUUGCCUCCAGGCCGGCCGGCACCGUCACCUUCACCCUGCUCCUCGAUGACGCCGCCGGAAUCCGCAGCGACCUCUUCGUCGCCCGUCUGUCAGAUCAGUCCUUCCAGCUCGGUACGAACGGACCCCUGGACGUGGCCUACCUCACGCGUGAGGCCCGCCUCGAGACCGAGCCCGUCUCCGUCCGCGACAUCACCGGCGCCACCUGCGCCCUGGGCCUGUGGGGCCCCCGCUCCCGGGACGUUAUGGCCAUCGCCGGCCGGAGCGUCGAGCCCGCCUCCGCCAGGCCCAUGCGUGUCUCCCGCGCAGUCAUCGCUGGGGUCCCCGUCACCCUCAUGAGCAUGUCCUACGUCGGCGAGCCGGGCUGGGAGAUCCACACCAGCGCCGAGCACGGCCAGCGCCUUUGGGACGCCCUCCUCCUGUCUGGUCAGCCCUACGGCCUCAUCCCCGCUGGGCAGGCUUCCCUGUCCGCCCUCCGCCUCGAGAAGGGCCUGCGCUCCUACGGAGUCGACAUGUCCACCGAGGACAACCCCUUCGAGGCUGGCGUCGACUAUGCCAUCCAGCCCGGUACCAAGAAGGACUUUGUUGGCAGCGCCGCCCUGGCCAGGCUGAGCUCUUCAGCUGCCAAGCCCGUCCGUCGUCUGCGCUGUCUGCUCAUCGACGAUGGGAAAUCCGUUCUCAUGGGUAAAGAACCCGUCUUUGCCAAGGGUGCUGCUGCAGUAGGCUACGUCACCAGCUCCUGCUUCGGUUACUCUGUCCGUAAGCCCUUGGCCUAUGCCUACCUUCCCGCCGACGUGGCCGAAGGUGCCACCUUCGAGGUUGAAUACUUUGGCCGCCGUAUCCCCGUCACCGUCACCCGUGAUCCUGUGUAUGAUCCCCAGAAUAGCCGUCUGCGCGUCGCUGAGAGGGAGCACAGGCUCUAG